UCCUCAUCUUCUUUAUUUCUCCUCCAUCCAUCUUUCUUCUAUUUUAAUUAUCCUCCAUAAUUCUUCUCCUACAUACAUACCCUUUUCAGUCAUGUACUCCUCCGCCCCUAAUGACUAUCGAAACUAUUCCUCCGCCCCUCCGCCGCCGGAUGCUCCUCUGUUCACCCCCAUCGGCGCCAGCACAGGUACCCCGCCCAGCUCAACAAGCUCGUACUACUCCGACGGUCCAACCCCGCGCCCCCCGCCCCAGAUCCGCUCUAAAACCAAGAUCCCCUGGUCCUCCGGCCUCUGCGACUGCCGCAACGACGUUCGCACCUGUUGCAUAACGUGCUGGUGCCCUUGCAUUACUUUUGGGCGGAUUGCGGAGAUUGUGGAUAAGGGCUCAUCCUCUUGCGGGUUCAACGGGGCGCUGUACACGCUGAUAUUCUGCGUCACUGGAUGCUGCUGCAGCUGCUACUCCUGCUUCUACAGGGCAAAGAUGAGGCAGCAGUACUCCCUCAAGAAGAAGCCUUGCGGUGACUGCCUCGUUCACUGCUGCUGCGAGACCUGCGCCCUUUGUCAAGAGUAUCGCGAGCUCCAGAACCGCGGUUUCGACAUGUCCAUCGGGUGGCAUGGGAACGUGGAGAUGAAGAAUCGGGGGCUGGCGAUGAUGCCCGUAGCGUCGGCGGCUCCCACUGUGGAAAAGACCAUGACCCGUUGAUCCGCCGUGCAUGUGUUCUCUAUUAGACAAUACUUAAUCUGUAUCCAACUACCACAUGUGCGAUACCCGAAACUUAUUAUAUAUUUGUAAUUAAUUAAUUACAAAUAAGUUUUUCCCUUUUAAUUAAAUGAUAAAUUAAGGUCUGCAAAAAUUAUAACUAAGAAUUGUUGUAAUAUAUUGUUGCUUCAAUUA